GUUGGGUCCACAUUCAUUCACUCACUAAACAAUCAAACUCAUCCCAAACUCAACAAAACAGCUCAUUAGGUUUUGUUUCCCUCAAUCCAAUCAUUCUCAAAUGGAUAAUAAAAUCAACCAAAAACAUGUAGAAGAUGAUAACAAUAAUGAUAAAAAUAUAUAUUGCUGUAUAAAUGAUAGAUUAAGAGAUGAUGAACUGAGAGCAGUUUUAUGUAAACUUGAAUCAGAUAAGGAUAAGGAAAUAUUUGGUCUUGUUUGUAAGAAAUGGUUGUAUCUUCAAAGCACAGAAAGGAAGAAGCUUUGUGCACGUGCAGGCCCACAUAUGCUUCGAAAGAUGGCUGCAAGAUUCACUCGCCUUAAAGAUCUUGAUCUGAGUCAGUCAGCAUCAAGAUCUUUUUAUCCUGGUGUUACUGAUUCAGAUCUCUCUGUUAUUGCUUCUGGGUUUACUGCUUUGAGGAUGCUCAAGCUUCAGAAUUGUAAAGGUAUCACCGAUUCUGGAAUGGCAGCCAUUGGAUCUGGUCUGUCAUCUCUGCACUCAUUAGAUGUCUCAUACUGUAGGAAGCUAACGGAUAAAGGAUUAUCAGCUGUUGCAGAGGGUUGCCAUGACCUGAAAAGCUUACAUCUUGCUGGUUGCCGCUUUGUUACGGACAUCCUUUUAGAAUCUCUAUCUAAAAACUGUCGUAGUUUAGAAGAACUGGGUUUGCAAGGUUGCACCAACAUUACUGACGUUGGAGUCAUAGCUCUAGUUAACGGAUGUAAACACCUAAAGCAUUUGGAUGUAAACAAAUGUACUAAUAUCGGAGAUAUUGGAAUAUCCACCAUUGCAGAAGCUUGCUCAACGUCCCUGAAAACAUUAAAGUUGCUCGAUUGUUAUAAACUUGGAGACAAAUCUAUAUUCACUGUUGCUAAUCUCUGCAAAAAUCUUGAGACUCUGGUAAUUGGAGGCUGUCGGGAUUUAUCCAGUGAAUCAAUAACAUCACUGUCUGCUUCUACUCAAAGUCUCAGGAUCUUAAGAAUGGAUUGGUGUUUAAAUGUUUCAGAUGAGUCAUUAAAUCGCAUUCUUUCACAAUGCACUUGUCUAGAGGUUCUUGAUAUUGGCUGCUGUGAGGAGGUGACAGAUGCUGCUUUUGAGGCAUUGAGGAAUGAGGGGUUUGAGUUGGGUUUGAAGGUUUUGAAAAUCAGCAAUUGUCCAAAGAUUACUGUGUCGGGAAUAAGUAUGGUUUUGGAGUCAUGCAGGUCACUGGAAUAUCUUGAUGUGCGGUCAUGUCCUCAUAUUACUAAAGCCGGUUGUGAUGAAGCUGGACUGAUAUUUCCUGAAUCUUGUAAGGUGAAUUAUACUGGGAGUUUAGUGGAGCCCGAUGUAUUAAUUUAAAUACACGCGAUGGGAGUAUAUUUAUGGUCCAGCCAACGGAAGGAUGUGGCAUUCUGGAUGUUCGUUGGUCAUUUGUUGCUUCUCUUGUGUACUUUAUUGUGUAUGUAUAUUAUGCUGAUUAUAACUUGUUGGUCAAAAUUGUUUAAAGUUUUUUUUUUUUUUUUGGAUUGUUUCCUGUUUUGAAAAGUGUGUUAAUUUUUUCAGAUUCAAAUUCAAGAUCAACCUGACAGGUGUGCUGUUUCUUAGAUUAUAAAUUUAAAAGUGUUGUUUUGUUUGAGUAGCUA